GAGAGUUAUGCAACAUACAUUGUUCGUGUUUGGUUUAACCCUUCCUCUACUGAAUCGUCUGGUCUUCAUGCGCACACGCCCACUAGGCGUCAUUUCGACAUUUUCUUCCAAACAGGCAGACCCCAAGAAAGAAAAUGUCGACCCUGACAGCGGAGUCUUGUGAGACUACGCCGGAGAGCGCCGAGCCGGAGGAGACCCCAACGCCGUGCUGUGAAUGUCCUGAGACCAAGAAAGCUAGAGAUGCAUGCAUCAUUGAGAAGGGCGAAGAAAGCUGCAGCGACCUCAUCGAGGCGCACAAAGAAUGUAUGAGGGCGCUUGGAUUCAAGAUUUGAGUGCAUUCGGUGGAUGAAACCUCAGUGAAUGUGGCGCAGCUGGCUGCUGUCCCUCCAGGUCGGUCUCUCUGGGUGUAAAGGGAACGUCUGCGUCGCUCAGAUAGCAUCGCUGUAUUCCUGUUUGAGUUUGUUUUGUUUUUUUAACUGAAGUUGUAUUUAGUCCUGGGAAAUGUACUCACCCCCUGACCCAAUGUGUUCCAGUGAGUGGAAUUAAAUAGAUCCUAUGCAA